AUGCGCGGUCUAACCACUUUCCGACCCCUCUUCCGGGCACCAAUAGCAACCCGGGCUUUUAGCACAACCCGACCAAAUGCCGUUGCACGCAUCAACCUCGUCGGCAACCUCGGAGGCCAGCCAGAACUCCGCUCCACUUCAACGGGGCGAGAGCUGGUGACCUACUCCGUCGCGACCAGCUAUGGACCCAAAGAGGAUCGCCAGACGAGCUGGUGGCGCAUCACAAGCUUUGCUCCUGAAGGACCUGCUAGAGAGCAUUUGCUCAGCUUGCCAAAGGGGACCCUGCUGUACGUAGAGGGUGACGCCAGCAUGCGCUCAUACGAAGACUCGGAUGGAAAGAAAAAUUCCGCCCUUAAUAUCACCCAACGACACUACGAAGUGCUUAGACGCGGAUCUAGCGAGUAA